AUGCGGGAUAACAUUAAGGAGGAAGAUUUGGAUGUGUUGGUGGAGAAGAAGAAGAAUGUUAAGGUGAAUGAGGAAGACAAGGAUGAAGAUCUAUUGGAGCAGAAAGAUGAGGAUCUGGUGAAUAAGGAAGAUGUGGAGAAGGUGAAUGUGUUUGAGGAGAAGGAUGUGGAUCUAGUGAAGAAAGAAGAUGUGGAGAAAGUGAAUGUGUUAGAGGAGAAGGAUGAAGAAAUGGUGAAUGAGGAUGAUUCAGAGAAGGUGAAUGUGUUGGAGGAGAAGGAUGAGGAUCUGGUGAAUGAGGAAGGUGUGGAGAAAUUGAAUGUGUUGGAGGAGAAGGAUGAGGAUCUGGUGAAUGAGGAAGAUGUGGAGAAAAUGAAUUUGUUGGAGGAGAAGGAUGAGGAUUUGGUGAAUGAGGAAGAUUUGGAGAAGAUGAAUGUGUUGGAGGAGAAGGAUGAGGAUCUGGUUUACAAAUUUUGUCUAAUUUUUUCCAAUGUGCAUGACAAGAUUGAGGAUCUAUUGGUGGAGAAGGUGAAGGAUGUGAAGAAGAAGGUGAAUGAGAAGGUGGUGGAAGAUGUGGUGAAUGAGAAGGAUGUGGUGCUGAAGCAUGAGGAUCUAAAGAUGGAUGAGGUGGAUGAUGUGAAGAAGGUGGAGGAUGUGGUGGUAAAGGAUGGUGAUGUGUUUUUGGACAAGAAGAGGUGGAGAAGAAGAAGGAUAAGGAACUAUAGUACUAUUGGGAAUUACAUCAUACAGAUGAAGGUGGUUAAAGAAGCCAAGUCCACCUCAUCAGUCCCACAGUCGAGUGCCCAUGUUUUGCCUCUGGCCGUAGUGCCUACUGAGGUGUCUGUUGUGAAUCAAACUAAGAAACCAGUGUCUGCCGAGCCUGCUGGCCAGACUGCUAAUAUUCCUGCAGCAGAAGCAUCUUCUAAUGUACCACAUAUUCCUUCUCUGACCGUAGUGCCUGUUGUUCCUACUAUCGAGGAACAAACUAAAUCACCAGUUGUUGAGUCAGUUGGUCUUAUUAUUGUUGAUAAAACUGUAGAGGAUCCUACUAGAGAGCUUUCUAAGGAGCCAGCCGGUCCAGUAGCCGAGAUAUCAGCUGUUCAGACUCCUACUACAGAACCGACAAUUGCCCUCAACCUAAAGCUAUUGCUUUGA